CCCGCCUGCAUCGCUCUGCGCUCCGCUCCACUUAUCUGAAUCUGAUCUCGUCUGAGCAUCCACUUCCAAAUUGGGUUGUCAUUUUUUGACCCCCUUUGCUCUUCCCGCGAACAGGUCAACGUGCUCUCUACGUGGACGUUUUUGAAGACCGCUAAGAGAGAGGGAGAGAGCUGAGAGAAAUACAGAAAGAGACAGAUCGAGAGAGAGAGAGAGAGAGAGAGAGAGAGAGAGAGAGAGAGAGAGAGAGAGAGAGAGAGAGAGAGAGAGAGAGAGAGAGAGAGAGAGAGAGAGAGAGAGAGAGAGAGAGAGAGCUGGCUUCGUGGAUCUUGAGCUAUAGUGUUCCCGUCCUCUCUUCCAAUACUGGACUCGUUGCGUUAAGGUCUGUACCCCUCACCGGUGGCGUUCUGUGAACAGUGAUCUGGAUACUAAACACCGAGCCUUCGAAAGGUUGUCCGUCAGCCCAUGUUACAAUCAAGUACUGCGAAGACUAUAUAUCGUUUAAGCGGGGUUUUUUUGUUACAAGGGGAAUCAGAAUUUACCUUGACGAUAUAAAAGCAUCGCUGACUUGGAAUCAAAUUGCUUAAUUUUUCAUUCAUUUGAGGGGAUUUUUGUUUUUGCUUCCAAGAAAGAACUCUGGACUGUUACAAGGGAGACGACGGUUAUUGUAAAGACACUGCGCUUUCAAUGCCUAGAUCUGUGCGCGACCAUUGCUGCAGCUUCGUGUGAGAUGUGGCGUAUGGUUUCAUCUCUGAGCCGUGAGAGGAGUAACCCCCUCCGGGGUCGUUGGGGUUCAGCAAGAAGUAACAUCCUCAAUACUUCCGGGUCACCUUCUUCUAAGGUCAUGUGGACCUCACGCCUGCUCUUCAUCUUCACCUUGUUCGCCCCCCUCACCCUCGCGGUGAGUCGAGCCCCUGUCCCCAUGGCGGUGGUCCGCAGGGAACUGUCCUGUGAGUCCUACCCCAUUGAGCUACGCUGCCCGGGCACAGACGUCAUCAUGAUUGACAGCGCCAACUACGGACGCACCGACGACAAGAUCUGUGACUCGGACCCAGCACAGAUGGAGAAUACUAGAUGUUACCUGCCCGACGCAUACAAGAUCAUGUCCCUCAG